AUGGGCGUUCAUGCCUGCCAAUGCCGCAGCAACCCUGGACGGCUGCCAAAGCGAGUGCUGAAGCAGCAGAAAGGAAGCACCGGAAGAGCCAGAAGAGCACUAGGGCUGACAGGAAGGCUGGCAGGUUUGCCAGAGCAUCUCGGCGCACUGCGGGCAGCUCUGCCGAAGCUUUGGAAGCGCAAGAGCAGGGACUCCGAGCUGGAGAGCGGAGACGAAUGUACAGUGCUGUCUCUCUCCCUUGUUCGGGCGUGGCUCAAGUCGGCAGCAGCUGGAAAGGAACUCAACGCUUGGGCAGCGAGAGCGUCAGAUUUGGUCCUGGGCCGUGCCUUUCGUCAGCUGGGCCGCUGUCCCCCCCUGCGCUUGCGCAUGGGCUUCCGCUUCCAGGAUCCAUCCCAGCACGGGGGCUGGGAGGUGAGCAACCUCAAAGGCUACCGCGAGACGCAGCUUGGGAGGCUGCCCCUGCGAGCAGCCAGCAUCGUGUCCUGGCAUUCGUAUUGGGCUGCUUUCCGCGUACGCUUGCGGAAGGAAGAGUCUGAGGACAAGGUUAUCAUUGAUCGCCAGCUUCUCACCAAGGACCUUUCGACAGCAGUGGAGAAGCACAGGCGUGGCGAAGCGAGGCAGCUCGCAAGUGGAUGUUUCCAUGUCACGGCACACAGCCGGCGACAGCAGGCUGCUGACAAGCGAAAGCGCAUCAAGGUGGUCCGAAAGCAAGCUGACUUGCUACCUGCUGUGGUGAUGAAGCCGCUUGCUCCUCCGACUCUGCCCCGAUACACGCUUAUCUUCCUGCAUGGAAUGGGCGAAGUGGCAAUGAGAUACGCGGAUAGGCCACAUUAUUUUCACGAUGGGAGUGCUGCUAUCAAGGUGAUCAUUCCAACCGCACCUCUCCGCGAGAUUAGCUGCUUCGACACGUGGUGGUCAAAGGUGAAGAGCCGGGAUGUCAAGGGAAGUCGGUGGAGACUGGAGAAAUUCAAUUCCUGGUAUGACUACAUCAGCAACCGUGGCGGUCGGAAGGAGGAUGCAAUCGAUAUCGAUUCCCUUCACCGAAUGCAGCAGUCACUUCAUGAGAUCAUUGCGCGCGAGGCAGAGGAGCUUGGUGGCCGUAGCGACCGGAUCAUUUUGGGUGGCAAGUCGCAGGGUUCCGUGACAGCCCUGGAUGCUGUACUUACAUAUCCGAAGAGGCUUGGAGGCUUCAUUGGCUUGGUCGGACAUGUGCUCUCCUGUACGCCCAUCGAAGAAGAUGGCCCGCAGUUGAAAACGCCACUGCAUUUCUACCAUGAAGUCGAGGAUGAUAUUAUGCAAUGGCACUGGGUCUCCAAGAUGGAGCGCCGCCUGCGUAAGUCCAACUACAAUGUACGCUCCUUCCGUGGCAAGGAUCCCGAGGGCAAUGGCCACUUUGUCGGAGGCGUUGAGGGUGCCUGGAUCAGGAAGUCGCUGCGGAUGAUCUGCGAGAAGCGGACUGGUUAG